AUGGUCAAAAUUCAAACGAAACUGAGGGCGUCUCCUGCAAAAGAGAGACAUAAUGCCCAUCCAGCUGAACAAAAAAAGGAUUCAAAAGUCCGAAGCAGCAGCAGACUCCAAUCUCUUCGGAAGCAUCAUGAUUUUGAGCGGCCAUCCCUACCAUCGCUAGUCCAUCCGACGGUAUUUACUAUCGGCCACGGAACGCGCACCCUUCCUGAGCUUAUCGAGCUCCUCCAAUCUGCCCAUGUCACCAAACUUCUAGAUAUCCGCUCUAUUCCACGGUCAUUCACAAAUCCCCAAUUCAACCGUGAUACCCUCGAGAGCUCUUCAGAGUUGGAUUCUGCCCAUAUCAGCUAUUUGUGGUUCGGACCUUUGCUGGGCGGCAGACGCAAUGCAAAACAGCCGAAGCUUGAAGAGCAUACUACAAUCCGUGUCGCUGCGUUCCGAAAUUACGCAGGCUAUAUGCGCACCCAGUUAUUUAAGGACGGUUUGGCCGAAUUAAAAGGCAUUGCAGAGAACCUGCAAACUUCAAAUGAGGGAUAUCUUGCAAUCAUGUGCAGCGAGACGGUCUGGUGGCGAUGCCAUCGACGGAUGAUUGCAGAUAUACUCGUAACUCAGGGGUGGAACGUCCAGCAUCUAGGUGUUAAGAAAGAGCCAAUGGAGCAUGAGAGGUGGGAAAUUGCAAGAGUCGGUGAUGAAGGGAACCUCAUUUAUGAUGGCCGUGAGCGGCGCUCGAAAAGGAAUAAAUGCUUGAGUUGA